UGACCGAGCUACCUACCUACCUUUCUACCUACCUACCUACCUACACCAAUAGAUAGAUAGAUCGUACAUGAACCAUGCAUUAUAUUUCAGUUCUUUAAGCCCCGUAUCCGCUUAUACUUUUCUAACGUAUCAUUUGCUCCGAUAUUGUUACAGCCUGGAGGAGAGAUGUACUUCAGCGACAUGUACGCCGACCGGGUCGUGCCGGAUCGCGUCAAACAGGACAAAGUCAUGUGGGGUGAGGGUUUCGCGGGCGCGCUGUGGUGGGAAGAUCUGGUGAGUAUGGCCGGGGAGGUCGGCUUCUCCACGCCCAGGCUGGUCAAGGCAGCCCCCAUCAACGUCAAGAAAUCCGUCCGGGAAAUAACUGGAGAUGUUCAGUACGUGGCGGCGACCUACAGACUGUUCAAGGUCACGCAGAACGGAAACAGUGUGACCUCUGACGUCACCUACAACGGCUCCGUCACCGGACAUGACGUCACCAUCGCUCUGGACAAAAACAGCACCUUUCAGGUUGGUUCUGUGACUGAGGUUGACUCGGAGCUCUCUGCCAUUAUCCAACAGUCCAGGUUUGCUUCGGCUUUCACUGUUGUAGCAAGCAAGACCGCGGAUGGAGAAAAGACCAUCCCAGUGAACCCAUUCGCUGGUACCACGCGCACGGCCGCCUAGAUGGGAACAUUUAAGUUUUACUGCCACGGCUGUCAUUUCAAAACCAAGACAAUAAAAAUGUGCUGUUCUUUGGAGAUGACCUUAGAAUGUGUGUUAUGUAAAAGGAUUAUCUGUAUUAUCUUGUAUGUUUUUGAGUAGAAGGUGUUAUAUUAGCAACUUUUGCUUUUUGCCCAAUAUUCAAUAAAUAAAAAAAAUAAAUACAAGAAUCC